AAAUAGCCUGGUGAUAUGAUCCAGAUCCCAAAGCCCAUUACACUACCCCAUUUCAAACUUGCAGCUAAAACCACUAACAAUCUCUCCCAACGUCUCCAAUCCCCACCAACAAUGUUCCGACGUUUCCUUUGUCGUGCCUCCACCACCACUAUGAGGUCGUGGCGCCGCCCAUUUUCAACCGACCUUUCGGCGGAAACAUCUGCAGAUUCGAAGUUCGUGGAAGCAUGGAGGAAAGCAAUCCCCAACGUUGAACCUCCAAAAACACCAUCUGCUUUCAUGGCUACAAGGCCUUCAACUCCAUCAUCUAUUCCCUCUAAACUCACUGUCAACUUUGUUCUUCCUUACUCCUCUCAACUCUCCGCUAAAGAGGUUGACAUGGUUAUUAUCCCCGCAACUACGGGACAAAUGGGUGUCUUGCCUGGGCAUGUGGCAACAAUUGCUGAGUUGAAGCCUGGUGUCUUAUCAGUUCAUGAAGGCAAUGACACCACCAAAUAUUUCGUGAGUGGUGGGUUUGCAUUUGUUCAUGCAAAUUCUUUUGCAGAUAUAAUUGCUAUUGAAGCUGUACCACUUGACCGCAUCGACCCCAAUUUGGUUCAAAAGGGCCUGACUGACUUUACACAGAAGUUAAGCACUGCAUCAACUGAUGUAGAGAAAGCUGAAGCCCAGAUUGGCGUUGAUGUACAUAGUGCGCUUAAUGCUGCACUCACCGGUUAAACAAGCAGAUUGUGUUCGUCUUUGUUCAGCAUACUUUCUCCUUCGUUCUGUCUGCUUGAUUGUAUUAGCCACCCUUUUGUAUAAGCUGCUUUUCAACAAUUUUAUCUGGAAGAGAUAUGGUGGUACCUGUUUUAAGCCUUGCAUCACUUGAAUAAAUAUACCUGAGAUAAGAUUCUUUUCAUAUACGUGGUUAGUCGCCGUGUUGGCUGUACUUCUAAACCGCAGUUAUGGGAAAUAGGUUUAUAUGAAGAAAUGCAUAUUUCAGUU